CGCGGAAGUACAUGGUCUGUUGACUAUCGGAAGACUUCGUAGCAUACGGUUUUACUAGCAACACCGUUUACUUUGUAUAUCAAUUACCACCUUAACAGUGUCAUGAUAAGAUGAACGACAGACCAGUCAAUGAAACCCGCGAGCAUGCCGCAGAAUGUGUUCCAGCGAAGCGUGUCUGCACCGGGGAGUCUCGGGUGCAGCUUGCCGAGGACAAUGCCUCGUCUGCGGGCAGCCAGGAGUCGACAAAGGGCGGCAACAUCGAAGUGGCAGUCAUCGUGCCUGUGUAUAACGCCUCCUGCUGGUUGGAGGAGUGUCUGGAGGCCAUCCUGAAUCAGGACUUCACUGGCACCAUGGAGCUGUCUGUGUUUGAUGACGCCAGCACGGAUAACUCCAGAGAACUCAUCGAGGGUUGGAGGGAGAGGUUUCAGAAGCGGGGGAUCGCCAUGGUGAUAUCUGGUCAUGACUCUAACAAACCGAAUGGAGUUGGCUAUGCCAAGAACCAGGCUGUGGCCCAGAGCACUGGGAAGUACCUCUGCUUUCAAGACGCGGAUGAUGUCAUGAUGCCAGAGCGAGUGAGGCUCCAGUAUGAGACAUCCGUCCUCAACCGUAACAGUAUUGUGGGCUGCCAGGUGCGUAGAGUUCCAGAAGGUUCUACGGAGCGCUAUACCCGCUGGAUCAACUCCCUGAGCCGAGAGCAGCUCCUUACCCAGAUAUUCAUGUCACAUGGGCCAACCGUUGUCAUGCCGACCUGGUUCUGCUCUCGUGAUUGGUUCCAACAGGUUGGCUCCUUUGAUGAAGGUGGGAAGGGCGUCCCAGAGGAUCUGCUCUUCUUCUACCAGAGUGUGCGUCUUGGAGGCCGAGUGCUACGAGUGGACGAGUGUCUGCUGGUCUACCGUUACCAUGAACACGCAGCUACGCACUCAGUACUCGAGGAAACCAUUUGGAAUCUGCGAGUGGGCUUCCUUCAGGAGAGAGUGCUCAGCCAAUGGGAUUCCUUCACCAUAUGGAAUGCUGGGAAACAGGGGCGGAAACUCUAUCGAAGUCUGACUCUAGCCAAUCAGAAAAAGGCGAAGGCCUUUUGCGACGUGGAUGAUAACAAAAUCAAGAAAGGCUUCUACACGUAUGAGGACUCCAAAGAGCGCCCCAAACCCAAGAUUCCUGUCGUGCACUUCAGAGACUCGGCCCCUCCGUACAUAGUGUGUGUGAAGCUGGACAUGACGGGAGGCGUUCUGGAGGAGAACCUGCACUCUCUGCAGCUCACAGAGGGAGUGGACUACUAUCACUUCAACUGAGCCAACACACACACACACACACACACACACACAGACACACACACACACACACACACACACACACACAGAGAACUGAGCCCACACACACACACACACACACACACACACACACACACACACACACACAGGGUUCAAACUGGACACUCUUCCCUGUCUGGACAGCAGGUUUUUUAAGGCAAGGCCAACAUCCAUCUGGACAUUGAAUAACCAGAGUAAUAAUUUUGGUCGCGCUGGAUGGGGCAACUCGAUGAAAACCAAAUGUUGUUUUAGUCAGUGUUUGAUAUUUCCCUUUUGGCCACACUAAUAUGACGAAUGAAUUAUUUUCUAGAUAAACGACUGGAAAUUAAUGAACAAA